UCCGACCGUUAUCUGUUUGAUUUGAUAUGAAGUAGGUGCUCAUACGUAUUCAACUGUUUUGGAAAGAAACAGGUGCUCGAUGACAAUGUAUCUAAAUCCGAUACAACAACAAUGUCCAGACAAACAAUGUAAACUGUCCGUAGUGAUUAUGCUCGACAUCUGCCAUUAAUUUUAUCUUGGUAACGAGGAGAAUAUUCCGACUAUUUGAGGACGUUCUUCGAACGGUAUAAUAAUUCACAAUUUAUUUUUAAUUGCUGUGGAAAUAUUUACACAUAUUGCUGGUACAUACUAAGAUCGUUUAUACCUGUCACACAUUUAAGUAGGGUAGAUUGUGACAGCCUGCAGAGAUACACACAUACUUCCUCCUCAGUGGUGAUAUUUUCUUCCUUGUGGUCAAAGGGUAACAGGGCUUGUUUCCAGGGUCCAGUGAUUUCAACAUCCGAACAUGUCGAUAAACACGAAUGAAGCAGACAUGGUUCGAACAAGUACAAAUCGUGGGCAUGCCUCCAAAACCGCGGCACAAGCAAUCUACGGCAGUUUGUCUUCAUCAUCAUCAGUGAGUGCUGCCAAUGGCUCUGUUGGACAUAUAGGUCGUACAGAUAAUCGUAUGUGUGGCUGGUUCCCCGACAGUGGUAAAAUGUCUCCCGUACGCCGUACCUUCUGUCUGUUUGUGACCUUUGACCUCAUUUUGACCUUUAUUUUGUGGGUCAUAUAUACACAAUUGAUCGGCGACUCGUCAGUGUGGGAAGCUUUCACGAAACAGCUGGCGGGGUUUACGAUAUAUUCGUCACUGUUUGACACUGUUAUGUUGGCUGCGAUGAGGUUUUCGUUCCUUCUGCUUGGCUAUGCCUUAUUCCGCCUCGACCACUGGUGGGUCAUAGCGCUAACAACGUUUUUAACUUGUGGUUACCUCUUGGCAAAGUCAUUUUUAUUCGAUUUUAAAGAGAACAAUAACAAUCCCCUGAGUUAUGUCGUUCUCAUCAUCUCCUUUGUGUUGGCCUGGGCCGAGACCUGGUUCCUCGACUUCAAGGUUAUCCCGGUGGAGAAAAAACAUCGUGACCGAGUCAACCGUGACCAUCACUAUGCGUCUGAGAGGAGCAGACUAAUCGGUGACUCCGAGCAAGGAGUCAUGUCAGGCGAGGAUAACGAGUAUUACUCACCUCUCGUCACACCUGAUGGUUCUGAUGACGAGGGGGAACAUCGUGGUGGGUUUCAGACGCCGCGACGUGGCCAUAGUAGGCAGGCAAGUCAAUCAUCCAUGAGUAGUAUGGGGGCCCGGGAGCAGGACUUUGUGAAACAGGCUCGCGAGACGAUGGACAUCACUUUAGAAAUGUUGAACCUUGAGGACGGCUGGAAGUACCAGGCGGGCAAUGAUCUGGAACAGGGUGUUGUACACAGUAUGUUCUUCAAACAGUACAACAGGAAAGUGUUUAGAUUACAGGCAAUAAUGAAUUUGGAACCUAAGAGAAUAUGGGAAGAGUUAGCUUACGGAACCAAUUCCUCACCACAGUGGAACCCCACACUAACGGAAUGUAGGACACUUGAGACCAUCGAUGACAACACCGAGAUUAGUUACAGCAUCGCAGCUGAGGCUGCGGGAGGUUUGGUGACGUCCCGAGACUUUGUUAACGUCCGAUGCUGGGGCGUGCGGGAUGGUGUCUUCCUCAGCUGUGCUAGCGGAACGACCUACCCAGACAUGCCUCCACAGAAAAAAUAUGUCAGAGGCGAGAAUGGACCUGGAGGUCUAAUAUUGAAGGCCAUGAAGGACGACCCCAACAAAUGUGAACUCACCUGGUUUUUAAAUUCAAGUCUUAAGGGCUGGAUACCUCAAUCAGCAGUAGAACAAGGGCUGUCGGGAUUCCUUCUAGACUAUUUAAAGUACCUGUCACAGCGCCUCGAAGAAAUCCGAAACCAGGAGGGGUCUUGAUAUUUUUCAGCAUUAGAGGACUUAUAAUUCUUAUACACUAUUUAUCAUCAAAUGUGGCAAUCUGCGAAUAAAUACAAGGUCUAAAAUCGUUUCCUGUAUCAUCGUCGUCAUCUCCACCUGCGGACUGCAUUUGGCGGCAGCUGUCAAGCCCAGCAUCAGCUACAGUGGCUGAAAUCAUCUAUCUACUCUGCCAAUGCUGCUGAUCUUUAUGGAGUAAAAUUAGGCAGCGCCUGUCCAGUAAAGCAUUAAAUAUAUACAGUAUCUAAAAUCAUCUAGGAAUGUUGUAUAUCAUUGUUGUCAUCAUAGCUGUCAUCUACCAAGUGAUAAUUGACAGUGUUUUUUCUACAGCAUUAUUACUAUGUUGCAUUACAUGUGAUAUGUUUUGCAGAGGAAAGUAUGGAGGAAACAGGGGAGAUAACUGUGACAAUUUUUCUCCUUCCACUGCAGGAGAGGAGAAAGAGGGAAUAAUGUCUCGCUCAAAACAUGACACCAUCUGUUUGUACAACGUAUACAUACGCCCAUCCAUUAUUUUGUAUUCAUUGACGUGUACGUUAAUUUAUAUAAGUAUGUUGCCCAGAAAAGUUUCCGAUUUCUGAAGAAGGUGACUGCUUUGUUUUGAAUGUGGAGAUUCACGGGAAAAUUAUAUCGGAAUGGAUAAUACAAGUAUGCCGGUCAUUUUCUCCAUUGUGAGAAUAUAUAGGUUGUGUGAAAUGAACAAAUAAGCACAGGGCAUUGAACGUAUAAUGUUAAUGUACUUCUUGUUAUGAGCAAAUUAACACAGGACCUUGGAAGUGUAAUGUAUAUGUCCUUUUUGUAACAGGCAUUGUGUUUCUUUCCAGUAUAGUAGAUACCUUUCCUAACAACAGGUCUACCUAGGUUAGACUUGGGGAACUUUAUUCAAAGUGCCAUUACUUAUCCGACAUGACUGACCAAGCGGAGGUAACUUGUGUGGUGCUGAUAGAGUAACGAACUUUUGUCUAGGAUUUAAUCGGUAACAUCAGAUUGCCAGCUAUUCAUGAACAAACUUCUUUGGUGUCAGACUCUCAUAUAUUAUGAGGUAGCACCCUACUCAGGGAAAACAUCUUUGUGAUUCUGAUCAUUUGACAACUUUUCAUUUAAAAGCUUGAAAUUAGUACCAGUGUUUCAUAGUUUGUCAUUCCUGAGAACUACAUCUACAAACAUUAAACAUUAUCACAGAA